CCGAUUAAAAAAUUGAGAAAAUCAUUUGUUGACAAGUCAACGCAACAGUUUGGCCAUCGUUAUCUGAUAUUCUUGAAACGACAAUCAGAAUGGAUAAACUACGCAGAGUACUCAAUGGCAAUGACAUGAGUGGCGAUGAAGGCGAAGGUUUUGCCCAAUUACCGAUUGGCGAUUCUUCAUCGCUUGAUUGGUCCACCCGAAUCAAAGGAUUCAUAAUCUGUUUCGUGCUUGGUUUCAUCAUGUCCAUAAUCGGCACUGCGCUUAUACCUUUACCUCGUGGAUUGGCAUUGUUCGCUUUGUUUUACACUCUCGGCAACGGCUGUAGCAUUGCAAGCACCAUGUUCCUGAUGGGACCUUGGCGACAAAUGAAAAAGAUGUUUAGCGAGAAACGAGUUAUAUCUACUGCCUUGGUCAUUGUAUUCAUGGUUCUUACCUUAUUGGCUGCUCUUGUUUGGAAAAAAUCACUUUUGGCCAUAAUCUUUUGUUGUUUGCAGUUCUUUGCCUACAUCUGGUAUUCCAUAUCGUACAUACCGUAUGCACAGGAAUCAGUUACCAAGGCAUUCAUGUCAUGUAUCUAAUUUAUGUCAUUCAAUCACCGAAAGCUUUGAUUUAUUCCAUAUGAUCAAUUAAUUAAUUGUUGUAUUAUAAUGCAAUUGAACCAACAAUCGAUAAAUCGAAAAUAACAAUGGUGGCCAAAGUUUCCAUAUUUCAUUGUCGAAA